GCCCCACUCAGAAGGGCGGGUCCUGAGACCGGAAGUCGGAAGCCGGAAGUGGGGCUGUGAGGACGUGUUCUGAGGAAGCCGCAGGCCGGCUCGGCCGGCGUCAUGGAGCCGCUGUACCAACAAACGCACAAGCAGGUCCACGAGAUCCAGUCUCACAUGGGACGCCUGGAGACGGCAGACAGGCAGUCUGUGCACUUAGUAGAAAACGAAAUACAAGCAAGCAUAGACCAGAUAUUCGGCCAUCUAGAGCGUCUGGAGAUUUUGUCAAGCAAGGAACCCCCUAAUAAAAGACAGAAUGCCAAACUCCGUGUCGACCAACUGAAGUAUGAUGUCCAGCACCUGCAGACUGCCCUCAGGAACUUCCAGCACCGGCGCUACGCCAGGGAGCAGCAGGAGAGGCAGCGAGAGGAGCUUCUGUCUCGCACCUUCACCACUAACGACUCUGACACCACCAUACCCAUGGAUGAAUCACUGCAAUUUAACUCCUCCCUCCAGAACAUUCACCACGGCAUGGAUGACCUCAUUGGAGGCGGGCACAGUAUUCUGGAGGGACUGAGGGCCCAGAGACUGACCUUGAAGGGGACUCAGAAAAAGAUCCUUGACAUUGCCAACAUGCUCGGCCUGUCCAACACAGUGAUGAGGCUAAUUGAGAAGCGGGCCUUCCAGGACAAGUACUUCAUGAUUGGUGGGAUGCUGCUCACCUGUGCAGUUAUGUUCCUUGUAGUCCAGUACCUGACAUGAGCCAGCUGCACCCAGCACGGAGAGUCUUCCCACUGUGUGCAAGCAAGAAGUGGGCUGGGAGGCCACCUUUUGAAAUGUAUGCCUUAACUGUGAAGACACCCCUCCCCCCAGGACUAAUUGUGGCUUAGUAUCAAA